GGAUGUUCUCCUACUUCAUAUCGGUCACCGGUACUAAAGAAUCUUGUCAGUCUUCACACACACUCACUACCAGGGUCUGCAUUGCAGACGCAACAUUUUUGGAAGAUGGCUAAACAAUACGCAAUUCUCAGUGAAGGUGCAGUCCUCGCAGUGAAACAUGUAAAUGAAACUUUUCACUCAUCUCUAGCUUCUAGGUAGAGCCUCAACACUAAUUCAUUCCUUUUUGACACGUUGUUGAUAGACAAGGAACAAGAUGAGUUCCACUGCUGGUCGCAUGUUACCGCCUGCCCUGAGGUCAAAGGGCAAGGGCAAGGGAAAGGUCAAACCUGCGCAGCAAGGUGAGCGCUUACUACCUCGUGAAGAUGAGGACGGCGAUCGAGGCAAUGGCGCGCCACGUGACGGUGGCAAGAACGGCCAUGGCAAGAAAGACAACGGCAAGGAUGGAGGAGGUCCCUCUAAGGGUAAAGGUAGCGGUAAAAAAGACGGAGGAAAGAAGGGUGCAGGCAAAGGUAAUAAAGAUGGUGGAAAAGGACGUAGGCCAAAGGCUGUAGACAGUGACGACGAUGACGGGGAUGGAUUGUCAGCGCGGGCUUUUAAUCCGUUUCACACAGCGAAGAAAGACGAGAAGACGACGCUCAAUUUCGGCGAUAACUACGACUACGAGAACUUGCGACAGGAGAGGUUUAAUGCACGCCGCGCUGGUGGACAGAACAUCACCAGGGAUACGGUAUUGCUUCAGUCGGACUUUUUUAUUGGCUUUUUUAUUCGUCUUCAAGAUAGAAGGACGAAAGGGCAGUAGGCUAAUCAUGAGCAGUGGGGAGUGGUUUACCAACACAUAUUGGGUCGUCACUACAUACUUCAUGAACAACAAUGGGUUAGUAAUUUUAUAGCCUGGCAUUAGACUUCUAGGUAAUGUCCAGGGGAGGGUUCAUCUUGGUUUGCUCCUGAGCAUGGUAGGUGUAGAAGCUCUAGAUGGAGAAGUACUACCUGCACGUGAGACUUUGUAGUUCGAACAAUUUUGAUAAUAGAGUCUAAAAUCUUUAUCUCUUUAUGGCACAUAUCGAUAUCUUUAGGUCGGCGAAGACGAGGGCACCAAAGAAGCCAACCCCACUGUCGAGGUUGAGCAUGCUCACGGGUACAAGCUAGAGGGUUUCAACAUGGAUCGAGAGCUAGAAGAGGGUCGGAUCGAUGACCGUGAAGGAGCCUUCGUCUUUGACGUGAAGGAUGAGCUGCGCGCCGUGACGGAUCGAUGGCUAGACGAGGUGGAUAAAGGCAGCAAGGAAGCCCAGAUGUCCAACAAGGAUCUGAGCCUAAUGCGUGAACGGGAGCAGGCACUAGUGGAUGAGAUGAAAGGUAUAUUUGUUGUAUCUAUUUACGCUUGUGAUUUUUUUGAUAUUGAUGGACGCAGCGCUCUCUGCUGUGCCUGAUUUUGUGAGUGAGAGGGUUAUGACGAUAAUCGACGGAAGGCCCUACGACCGUUGUUUGAUAACUAGAAAAUGGCUCAACGUCUCUCAACCCUAAAAAGGAAUACCAACAAAUACAAAUUACAUCACUUUUCAACAAAUCUACAAAUAAUGAUAACAGUGACGUACGAUCCCUCUCGCUUGAAGAAGGAGCUAUCCGGUCUGCUUCUUCAUGGUGAAACGCCUUCCGCCGCAAUGAGCAGACUUAACACAACAUCUUCCAGUACCCCUGGUGCUUCAUCAAGAAGUGCCGCAGGGGCAUCUGCCAACAAUGCGGCAAAGAGCAACUUCUCUGUUGGCGGCUCCUCCUCUUCUUCUUCGAAGUUUUUGCUUCCCCAUGAACGGAAAAAGCGGAAAUUGGAGAAGCAGGCAGCGGAAAAGCGCGCUGCUGAAGAGCAGCAGAAAAGCGCGACUACUGGCGGAAAGAAAAGGAAAGUCUUUGACCCUGUUUGGGGCGUGUGGGUGGAAGAAAAAGACAAAACUUCUGCCACUGGUGAACAAGAGGACAAAACUUCUGCACCCGCACCAGACGGCCUCAGCCUUAAGAACGAGGUUCUAGCUGGUCCGCGUCGCGCCCUCGUGGUUUCAGAGGCAACGAAACUGGAGGCCAGAAAUAAAGCCGAAGAAGCCGGCCGAAUCGGAGAGCUGUGUAAUUUGUUGCUUGAACUUGGAGCUUUCGACAUUUACGAGACGCCCAAAGAGAAGAUCUACACUGAAGAAAAUCGUGUGGCAGACGUGAAAAAAGAAGAGAAAAAGACUGCGGAAAUGUCUGACAUGAUGAAAGAUCUAUUAGAUGAUGACGACGACGAAGAUGACGAAGAUGAAGGAGCCCCAGGAGCUCCAGGAGGUGGAGCUGGUGUUGGUGCACCUAGUGCAACGACAACAUCAUCAGGAGGAGCGGGAGUAGGCGCUGCAGGUGUUAAUGGUGCAAGAACAAGUGCUCCAACUUCUGGGCCCACGACUGGUACGUCUUCGUCCAGCACAGGUGCCAGCUGCAAUGGAGCAACAACUACAACAUCUUCUACUUCCGCAAAAGUUCCAGCCUCCAAGAAGUUGACAGAAAAAGAUGGUCCAUUCUGGCAGUAUCAGAUGGGGACGGAUAUCCAUGGUCCAUUCACCAGUGGCCUUAUGCUCACGUGGAAACCGCUUUUAAGUGGCAAAGGACUCCAAGUUCGAAGUUGUGACCUGAAGAACAUCGCAAUGGAUCCCAACUGGAAAAAGUAUGAAGAGAUAGAUUUUGGGCUUUAUGUCUAAACGGUGUUGUGCUACUUUUGCGUGGCUCAUCAUAUAAUUGACCUCUAACUCAUUUUUACCAAGAAACCAUAACGAUCCCGACCAAGAUCCAACCGUAUGGGGAUCGCCAGCACUGUGCCUAUCAAGCGAUCGCUGUGAGGUUGCAU